GGGAGCCCCGCGCCACAGGCCGCGACGGGCUGCGACACCCGUGUGACACCCGUGUGAAGGGCUGCGACACCCGUGAGACAGGCUGCGACACCCGUGUGACGGGCUGCGACAUCGCCGUGGCAGCGCCGUGACCGCAGCCCCGCGGGGACGGGCCGGGCCCCGCGCCCGCCGCCGCCGCCAUGCAGAUGACCUUCUACUUCUCGGACACAGCAGUGCUGCUCUUCGACUUCUGGAAUGUCCACAGCCCCACAGGGAUGGUGCUCUCGGUGCUGGUGAUCCUGCUGCUGUCCGUGCUCUACGAGGCCGUGAAGAUGGGCAAGGCCGUGCUGCUGCGGCGGGCGCUGCUGGCCCUGCCCCGCAGCCUCAGCCAGGAGGCCCUGACCCAGCCACAGGAGGGGGACAGCGACCCCGCGCAGGGCAGGUGGUUCUGGUUCCACGUGGCCCAGACGCUGUUCCACGUGGUGCAGGUGGUGCUGGGCUAUAUGGUGAUGCUGGCUGUCAUGUCCUACAACGCCUGGAUCUUCCUGGGGGCCAUCGCAGGCUCCACCCUGGGCUACUUCAUGGUGUACCCCCUGCUGGGCCGGGGCUAGAGCCCCCCGAGGUGGUGGCACGCGUGUCCCACCUCCUGCUCCUUCGUCUGGAAUAGCUGCUGUCACUUUUGCUGGGUCUGUCUCUGUCCCUGUGCUCUGUGGGACACAGACCCCCAAGGACUUGCUGGUGGCCCUCGGGGCUGGCCCCACUCUGGGGACAGGGAGCCCCAUGGCCAGCACUCACCACGCUGCCACUGGCCUCGGCUGGUGGCUGUCCCCCGGCUCUCAGGGACCUUUGUCUGGGUGGUGACAGUGGGGGAGUGCUGGAAUUUUCUCCCCUUCCCUGCUUUUUGAGGAGGUUCAUCCUGGCUGGAACGGGAACGAUCCGGUGACUGCUGCGGACAGGGACCCUCCUGCCCAGAGCUGCCCUGCACCAAGCCCCUCUUCACACAGUGCCUUUGGGGACACUGGGGGUCCUGCCACCCCCACCCCGCUCCUGCUCUUCAGGAUGGGGCUGGAGCAGCCCCUGAGCCGCUGGUGUGGCUGUGCCAGGGGGGAAAUGCUGCUCCAGGUGCCUCUUGCUGCUUCCUCAGGACACCCCUUUGAAUAAAAUCAUCUCAGCUCCACUCCUGCUUUGUGUCACUGCUGGGUGGGCUCAGGAUGUGACACCCUGGGUCACAGUGGGACUGGGGAUCCCCAGCCCUACCCAGGGAAGUACUUCAGGAAUAAGGAGAGUCUCCUCUGGCUUUAAAUAAAGCUUUCCCAUUUUAUUAAUUAUAAGCAUAUCUUUAAACAUUUGUAUAACUUUCUUAAUAAAAUAUCCUGGAAGAGA